ACUGUAUCAGGAGCUCGCGACCGGCGGAGUGGGGAACAGGGAAGCCCGAGCAAACUGUUCCAAACCCCCCAAACACAGAAACUGUGAAUAAACACAGUCCUUCAGGAGGUCAGGGUCUCAGAGGGUCUUUAGACCUGAGCAGGAGAGUUUAAUAACUCUGGAGUCCUCUCAGGAGAGAAAGUUAGCCGUGUCUGGGUGAAGUUGUCUCGGGUUGUUGUGGUGGAUGUGAUCGACGACACGACCGGAGGAGGAGGAAUAAUGUCUCUGCUUUGACCCAGCUCCAUUUUCUUCCACACAGAGAGACAGACUUAGAAAGAGAGGAGGAGAAGAGAGAGAGAAAAGAGGGAGGAAUGGCUGAAGCACGGUCCGAGGAAGAGGAGGAGAACAUGAUGAGGGACACCCGGGAACAAGUGGUUCGACGACAGCCCAACAGCUCCGGAGGUCGUCCUGACAGACGUAAGCCAGAGCAUCGUCACAGUCAGGGUCCUCUCUCGUCCAUCAGAGCAGCCAUCAAGAGAACCUCCAACAGGUCCACAUCUCUGUCCGAGUCAUCCCGAGACAGAGACAGAGACAGAGAGCGAGACCGGGACCGGGACAGGGACAGGGACAGGGACAGAGACCGGAGGCGACCAGAGAUCACCAUCCUGUCAGCGGAGCCGCUGGCCUCUACAUCCUGGUUCCCCGGAGCUUCGGGAGGAUUCCCGCCUCCCCCUCCUCCUGCAGCACAGAUCUGGGGACCCACAAUCCCUCCGGCCAUACAGCCUCCUCCGACCUACGAGGAGGUGAUCAGAGAGAAGACACAGGAGCAGGUUCUCCUUCCUUCGUCUUCCUCCAGCUCCCCCUCCUCCACGUCCCGUCCAGUGUCUUCAACAACCAUCGCCACACAGACCGAUCCAGGAUCCGUCCCCGACCCCCAAGACCUGCAGGCGAGGAGACCGGUGAGACCUCCACGGCCGCGUCUGUCCGGCCCUCUGAAACCGUCCGACAUUGAAGACAGCAACUCAACCAACAGCCAAUCAGCGUUAACGUCCCUGGAAGGUCAAAACCCGACUCCAAACACGCUCGCUGUCACUUCCACUCAGUGCUGCGACCUCCUCACCGAGCUCUGUUCACCUUUAACUUCAAACUCCAGAGCUCAAACCGACCAAUGGGAUCACUCCUUUGCUGCUCUUGACGUGGCAACUCCUCCCACUACGUCCUCUCAGCGCCCCAGGCCCCGCCCACGCACCAGGCUCAGCGCUCCUCCAAUCGGCAGCGAGGUCAAAACCCAGACGUUGGUGAAACUGCGUGAGGACGGUGUCGCCACGCUAGCUGCUCGCACAGGAGCUAACAGCGCUAACCAGGAGGCGAGUCAGGGGAAGUACCUGCAGGAGCUGCUCGAGGCCUUCAGCGCGGACGACUGGGGCUUCCCCGAGCGCCGGAGCAGCAGCAGCGGGAACAGCCAAUCAGAGAGCGAGGAGGGAGACGAGGAAGAGGAGGACAUGGCGACGCUGAGAGCGAGGAUUCAAGCGUUCGAGCAGCAGCAGCAGGUAGCCGACGCGAGCUGUGGAGAAGCUAACAACAAAGACUUGAUUAUUGCAAAGAAACCUGAACCAAGACCACGCCCCCGUCUGCAACCGACCAAAUCUGCCCCUCCCACCGUCGCCCCAAAACCUAAAACCUUUUCACAGGCCCCCAAACCGUCCACCAAAGUGUUCUGGGAAGAUCCGGGCUCCACAUCAGACUCAUGUAGCGCUGAGUCUUUGAAAUCACCUGAAACCGUUCCAAAAGACUCAGAACCUAAACCUGCCACCGAACCUGCGCCUACUUGCACCCCAAAACCCGCCCCAGCUUUGGUCCCACAACCCUGCAAAACCACGGAAAAACCCUUAAUAACACCCAAACCACAGGCUGUAACAGAGACCCUGCAGUCUGGAACCCCCGUCCCUGCUCCUAGACCGCCACCUCCCAAACUCACCCCCUCAGACCUGCAGACCAAACCUCCGCCUAGACCUCCAGUCGCUCCCAGGGCCAGCCUCGGAGCUCCAAGCCAGGAGAAGAGCACCGCAACCCCGAUUCUGCCCCCGAGACCCAGUGGAGCAGUGACGGAGACAGGAAGUGAGGAGACUCCAGAGGUCACAAACCAGACUGGAAAGGUAGGAAGCAGCCGUCCGGGCGUCCCGACCAAACCAGCAGCACUGACCUCACUGCGCAGAUCAAGUGCUCCAAAUCUGGCCCCCAAACCCACCACCGGAGUCUCGCCAACGCCUCCCGAUCCAAACCCAGCCCCACCCAAACCUUCAGCUGCACCAGCCUUGGCCCCGAAACCUCAAGGACCAACUCCAAGUAUUAAACCGCUGACCACGGCUCCAUCUCCGGCUCUGAGGAAGGGCUCUGUAAGCCAGACCAAGUCAGAGACUACCCCCGCUGUGAACCCAGAUCCUGCUCUGCCUCCUCGGCCUUCCGGUGUCAAGCUCCUCCCACUUCGUCCUCCACCAAUGAAAGCCACUCCUGGUAGGCCUCCUCCCCCUGCGAUCAACUCCAGUUCCUCGUCCACUCAGAUAACCCCGCCCACAUCCAAAUCUGACUCCGCCCCCUCCAUCUCUGCAGCCACCCAGCCAGUGCCCUCAUCACAACCUAAUCCUUCUGUAUCAGCCAAUCAGCAAAAGACUUUAAAGAGAGGACCGCCCCUUCCCCCGCGCCCUAAACCUGGACACCCCCUCUUUAACAGCUACACGAAACAGGAAGUCCUGAUCGUCCUGGAUGACCCGACCCCCUCCGAGCCUCCAGCAGGGGAAGGGAGGAGUCAAACCACCGUCACCCCGCUCAUCAACCAAUCACAGUGUCUCCUGGACCUGGACGACCAACCAGAGCCUCUCCUGGACCAGGACAGCCAAUCGAAACCUGGGCUUGAAGACCUCAGCCUGUCAGAUUCAAAGUCCAUUAUUCCCGUUCAGCCGACUGAGCAGAAAGAACAGCCGGACCCUCCCCUCGUCAGCGGCCCUCGCUGCGUCGCUCUGUUCGACUAUGAGGGAGAAGAAGAAGACGAGCUCACCUUCUCUCAGGGUGAUGUCAUCGCCCUCCUGGAGCUGAUUGGACAGGAGUGGGGGCGGGGCCAGAUCCACGGACGGAUCGGAAUUUUCCCGCUGAACUUCGCCGAGGUCGUUGAGCCGCCACAGGAAGUGGAAACGACGAAACCGGCGCCGGACGCUCCGGAGAAAGAGACGACUGCUGAGACAAAAGAACCAGAGACUUCAGAGAAAUCAGACUCAGAGGUGAAAGAGUGGGCUGUGGCUCUGUUCGACUUCCCCGGUCAGACCCCAGAGGACUUGUCCUUCCACAAGGGGGCGCUUAUCCAGGUGAUGGCGCACGUUGAUGCUGAGUGGAGGAGAGGACGGGUGGAGGGGAGAGAGGGGCUUUACCCUGCUGCCUUCACACAGAGCUGCCCGGCUCAGCCAAUCACAGGCCAGGAGUCAGCACCGAAGGGCGUGGCCAAGUUUGACUUCACAGCAGAGAGCGAGGAUGAGCUCACAUUAAAGGUCGGUGACAUCAUCACUCAGGUGGAGUCCGUGGAUGAGCAGUGGAUUCUGGGAGUUGCAGGCGGUAAGCGAGGGAUCGUGCCUAAGAACUACAUUUCCCUUCUUCUCUGAUGAAGAAAGAGAAGCUCUCUCUGUGAACAGGUGGGUUUGUUCUUUCUGCACCGGUCUGGGCGUCACAGAGAGUCUGGGGUGUGGGUUCACCUGGACCUGCACAUGGACCUGGUCCAGAGUUUCACACACUUUAUAAAAACUGUCCAAGAACUUUGUUUGUUUUUUAUGGUGCCUAAACGAGAGAAACAGGAAGUGUUUGCUGCCUUAGAGGCGGAGGCAGACUGAAGACGCUAUCCCACCUGGACUGGCUCCUUAUUCUGGACUCACCUGAGAACUGUCCUGAAACCAGAGUCCUGGAGCUCCUGCAGCUUUUAAGAACAGUUUGAUGUGGUUUUGUAUGACAGGGUGUAAACCUGCAGUUCUCAAUGUAGACAGCAGGCUUUAUUCUUUAUGACCUUACAGCAGCUGGCCUGUAGGGGGAGCUCUAAGGGUGCUUUCACACUUGGAUCAUUGGGAGUUGAAACGGAUCGUUAGGAAUGAAACAAGCAAGACGAGAUCUUCCAGAGGAGGAAGUCGAGAAGACGAUGAGGUUAGAUGAGGAGCUUUAUUCUGAAAGGGUCCUGGGUUUUCGGCGGUAAUUGGAAGCUGCCUGUUUUUUGUUUUCUUCAUGUAAAUACGUUUUCGUCACGUUGGAAAGGAAAGUACGUGAAAGUUUAGUCACCAUCGAAUCCCAGAAUGCUUUUUAAGACACUUUAGGAACCUGUAGCUUUUCUUACGUUAUUCUUCGUUGCACUCUUUUGCCGAUAAAAGUUCUUAAAGAAGAAGAAACGUUUUACAUUCCCGUGAGAUUAAAGCGUCGUCAUGUUUUUGCACAGAGAACACGAGAGCUGAUUUUACCUGCUCUGAAGAAAUCGGUUGAAUCACUGCGGAUCACGUCCAAAGAGUUUCAGAGGGACAGGCUCGUCGUCAGCGCGUCAUUUUGACUCUAACGAAGGAGGUCGUACGCUUCAGACAACGCUUCAGACAAGAGUCCAGUUAUCAGGAUUAGUGUUAAGCAUCGUUUUCACACGACUCAAAACUACAGAAACUUAAAUCUGAGAAGACUGAGCCGCUCGAUGUGACCCUGAACGCCUCACGACAGAAGAGGGAAGCUGAUUUUACACUCCAAUUCGUUCCUGUUCUCUGAAGUUCAGCAGCUUUGAAAGACGAUAUUUCGUACCGCGCUUUAUUUUCACUGUUUUAGUUUUAAAAAAAUUUACUUUUUCAAAAUGUUGUUUUCCUUUUUUCCGGUCUUUUAUUUUGUAGUUCAUCUCUAAAACAGCAUCUCACACUACAAGACUGAAUAUAGAGUCGUGCUCAUCGCCUGAAACUGUUCCUCUGUGUGUGUGUGUGUGUGUGUGUGUGUGUGUGUGUGUGUGUGUGUGUGUGUCUGACCGUAACACUAAUCUGUGUUUGUGAGAAAGACACUCAAAGAGAUGUUUUAUGUUUAACCGAACAUUCCCACUUUUUAAUAAACUGAGAUUUUUCUGAAA